AUGUUUUUACUCCCUACCAAUCAUUCCAACGAUUAUCGCCUCGAAGGGUGCCUUGUUGGGCACAAGAACACCAUUAAUUGUUUAGCGGUCUCUCGCAAUGGCAGUACAUUAGCAAGCGGGGGCUGUGACGGAAUGAGGAUUUGGGACCUUAAGAGGCGAGUUCAGCUCCCAAUUCCACCUCAAACCCCAGCCAUUCGAAAUCCAGGCGAUCCGGUGACUUGCGCAUGCUGGAUUACCUGCCAUGAAGUGAUGCGCGAAAUGUUAUGUUACGGCACAGGGCUUAGUUUCAUAGGGAUUUGGCAACAACAGGGAGAAGGUUUGCAGGACUUCAAUGUGAAAGUGUCAAGGAGGAUCGGAACGGGUAAGGAGAUCAUGUGUCUUACAUACGACCAUACCGGGGACGACACUCGUAUUGCGAGUGGGACCCGCGACAGACGCGUUCAAGUUUGGGUGUUUGACUUCAAAGGACCGUUGAUACCGAUUUUCAGCAUCGAACUCGCUACUACCAUCCCGCAUACCAUAAAUUUCAACCGUGCUGCAAGUAGAGACAUAUUAGUUUUUGGCAUGUAUGACGGUGAUAUGGGCACAGAUGGUGGCAUCAUCGCUACAAACAACGCUGGGCCAUUGAUCGGGCAUGCUUCUGUGGACGCAGCUCAAACGCUGUUCCUGAUGGACAAUGUCAUGAAUGGAUUCAGCUUACAUUGCCUGGAUGACGCAGUGUGUAUCCGUACCUAUGAUACCAACCCAGUCAAGACAUUCCCGAAGCAGGUUGCUUUUGGGGGGAAGGCUACCCUCGUAGUCGGGGGUAGCAACACAGGAGUUAUUUAUGUUUUUGACAAAAAUGAAGGAACACUAAAACAAGUCUUGCAACAUGCCGACAAGGGUCGAGUACAAACGGUGACGACAUAUGAUGGUACACACCACAGCCUAAUAUUCGGGGCAACAUCUAUGAAUGACACAGAGCCAGCCAUCUCCAUCUGGUGUCGUAAACAUGACAGUACUGCAAAGUCAGCAGACCGUCCUCUAUCAGCGCUGAAAAACUUCGUGCGGGGAAUAGCCCAGCUAGCUAUCGCAAUGGCACUGAUAGCAUAUCUCCUCGAGCUGCACAAUACAUCCUCAUUGGCAUCACUGGGAAAUGCCUGGCAAAAAUACUCAAAGUUUGGGGAUCGACCGCAGGACCUGACAGAUGCUCAUGUCUUACUAGAGAAAUACAUCGAGGAUCAGAGAAAGGGCAAGAUCCUUGAGAGGGCGCGAAGCUCGGCGGAGAAUAGAAAACAUGACAGACGAGUGAAGUCCAUCAUAUUAGGCAGUGAGAAGCAUAAUGAGGACAUGCACGCUGUGAUUCUUCUCGGAAAUUAG